GAACGGGCGAGUCGGCACGGAGUGUUCGGACAGCGGCGGCGUCAGCUGCGUCUACUGCAACCGCGGCUACAAGCUGGCAGCUGUUUCAGGAGACGGCGCAUCCUCAGACGCGGAGCAGUGUGUCCCCAACACGUGUGAGUGCAAGAACGGUUUUACGCCGUCCUGGAGCACUGAGAAGAACGGAGAAACCUGUCCUGAGGACAAGCUCAACAUCUGCAAAAAAAACGACUGCAAAGACGGUUUCAGGUACGACUGGUACACGCGUCGCUGUCCCUUUGAGCGUAUGGAGAACGACAAUACGCUUGUCGGCGGUGGCGGCAAAGCCAAGACACCGAUUGGCGCGUCCACCAAUGCCCUCAUGCUACUCCAAGGAACAAAAGCAGCCGCAACCAGAUUGUCCACUUCGAACUACGAGGUCCAAUCGCCAUUGUCAAAGGCAGAAAGAAGAGGUGCGCCACCAUCAUCCCCGGUUCUGGACCACGACAGCUUUUUGCAAGUCGGCGGUUACAGUUCAGAUAGUGCAGAAGACUACAGGAAUACCGUAAAGGACCUCAAUGGCCUAGCAGCUGACGAUGACGGUGCAGGGGACGACGCAGUGUAUGAGGAGUCAGACAACUAUCUUCUUGCGGGACUGGACGAGGAGACCGCGUCUGCGGCCCUCAGCUUUCUGCAGACUCUGGCUUCGACAGAAGCGCAGGGUGCCGGAGAUGUUCUUGCAACUGUUGCGCAAAGGGCUGGAUGUCCACCCGGAUAUUACUGGGACGAUCGUUCAUCUUUAUCCAGCGGCCCCUCUAGCUCGUUGUCGGAAGAGCAAACCUACUGCCGUCCAAAUGUGUGUUUAUGUCCUCAUGGUGCGCCAGCCACAGAGUGGCAAACUGAUGACGACUUCGUUUGCCCAGAACACGCAACUCACCUGUGCAGACGUGGCCAUGACUAUCUCACUCGAGAUCAGUUCUGCGUUGAGGGAUACCAUUACAGCGUUCUUGACGAUUCAGAGUCGUACCGCAAAGCAUCAGCGACUUCAUCUUCCAACUCCAAGAAUUCUGAACCUGCAGCGAACUACGAAGCUGGUGCAUCUCUAGUACUUGACACUGCUGAAGGCGGGCCGGAUUCGAAGAUCUCUCGUGGUGCUGGGAGGUGCGUUGCCAAUCACUGCAUCUGCCGCGGUGAAACGUGGCAAACGGACACAUCAAGUGGUCGUUUGUGUCUGCCAGGAGCGGGCUCGGUGUAUGAGGACUCUCGUGUGCCAGAGUCAUGCGGGACCGGGCCAUGCGAAUGUAGCGACAAAGGCAUGGCAGCCGGCGUCCCAGCCGCAGCACAUUGGUGCGCAUACACGGGUGAACACCGGUGUGAGCGCUGCUUCGCCUUCUUCACUUUCGAUAGUACGAGUCAAACGUGCAAACUGGAUCCGUGUAGUCAAGAACACCUCAGCGAUGUAGAUCCGCAAAGCGGACACCAGGUGGACGUAGAGAGAGAUGCAUGUCCGCAGCUCUCGUCAACUGAGGAGCAGGUACACUGUCAGCCACUUCCCGAAAAUCGCCUUGGUCGUGAGUGUGUUAUUGACGACGCUACACCAGCAUUAGGCGAUAAACACAGCAGACACCACCAAGGCGGUUCGAGGACCACGACGUUGCUUCAGCAAGACGACCUUAAGAAACUCAUGGAAUGGAUGACAAAGUCUGCUUCUUUAGCCGGCGCAACCGCUAUGCGAGGAGAUUCUUCUAGUGCUUCUAGUAUUCAACCUCCGCCAACAUCUUCUAGUAUUCAACCUCCGCCAACAUCGCCAAUCACAACUUUAGAGAGUCGUGUUUUUCAUCUCGCUCUGAGCUCAGAAGAUGACGCAGAAGAAUGGAGUGAAGAAAAUGCCAAGCAACUUGCAACAGCAUUACUGGCGGCUACGAGAAGCUGCUUGGCUCCCGAAAACUUCGUAACCAGUCCUCCUCUUGCAGGAGCGCCGUCUCCCUCUGCGGAGAUCAUGUCCGCUCUUGAUGCGAACCAGUACAUCAGUGGACCGCGAAUAGGAAACAAUGCCGAUUCUCUGGAGUGUUUCGGAACGCCGUCUGCCUCAUUAGCCGAAGCAGUGCGCUCAUGCGAUGCACGGGGCGCGGAGUGCGGCCUCGUUCACGACAUGCAUUGUGAUGGCUCCAGCUGGCGCACAUGCAAAGCUGUGCCAGCGCCUCAACAUCUCGGACUCGAGCUCACGGGUUGCACGAGAAUAAAGGUACAGCAUAACAAUCAUCAACACCAGAGCAGGAUGGGGUCAGCAUUUCAGAGUAUUUCUCAAAGCGCAGACGCAGAAGUUAACGUGCUCUAUCGGCAUUCUACAGGCCGCUGCACACUGACCAACGGGAGACGGAGUCGGCUUUUCCAGACAGCACCAACCCCUGUACAAGCUAAAUCAUCUAAAGAUCGUAUUUCAGCCUGCGCAAGUGCUUGCGAUGCGGAGUCAACUUGCAUCGCCUUUGACCUAGAUUCAGCGGCAACGCCUUCCGACACCAACAGCGACGAGACGGAGACAAGUAGCUGUAGAUUAUACCACGACAACACCAAAGAUCAACAAGAAACAGUCAGUGAAGACAUCGUAGGUGACAGUGGCGACCAAACGGCUCGAUGCUUCAGUAAACGUGGGCAGCUUCGCGUUCUAUCGGAAAGAACAGCAACAUCAGAAGAACAAGAGGGCCCAGCUGCGAAGAGCACGAAAUUGACAAUGCGUGUCGUGGCACAGACCACGGGUCACCGUAAGGCGUUCUACAGACGCGAUGGUCUUCAGGUCUUCAGCUGGAAAGACGAGUGCAGCAAUAGUGCAGGUGAGCUAGAUAGGAACGAGAUUGAGCGUCGCGUUCAAAGGCGUGCCGCAGCACUCUCCAUUGCUUCUUCGGGCGCCAUCUUGCUGGAAGGACAGUCGCUGCCUGUAACAACGAUGGGCAGAGUGCGCGUCACAGCUGUGUCAGUAUGGCGUGCUCCAACAGAUCCGCUCUCCGCGCUUAAAGACGCUCUCGGCAGAUGGUGCGGAAUUGACCCGGGCGCUCUGUGCUAA